CAGCGAGGAGUGGGAGCCCGGCUCGGAACUUCCGGCCGCGGUGCAUUGUGGGCGAGCAGUUGGAGGGAGAAGACAGGAGGAAAGAGGCUCAGCUAUGGCGGAUGUUGAGGAGCCGGAGAAGAAAAGAAGGAGGCUAGAGGAGCGGCGGCUAGCGGGAGAGAGGCAGAGAGAGACGGGAAUGGCUGUUGAUGGUGGGUGUGGGGACAAUGGAGACUGGGAAGGUCGCUGGAACCAUGUAAAGAAGUUCCUCGAGCGAUCUGGACCUUUCACACACCCUGAUUUCGAGCCAGGCACUCAACCCCUUGACUUUCUCUUAAAUACGUGUAAAGUUCUAGUUAUUGGAGCAGGAGGAUUAGGAUGUGAACUCCUCAAAAAUCUGGCAUUGUCUGGUUUUAGGCAGAUUCAUGUCAUUGACAUGGACACCAUUGAUGUAUCUAACCUGAAUAGGCAAUUUUUGUUUCGACCUAAAGAUGUUGGACGGCCAAAAUCAGAAGUUGCUGCUGAAUUUCUAAACAGCCGAAUUCCCAAUUGUGCUGUUGUACCACACUACAAAAAAAUUCAGGAUCUAGACGACGCUUUCUAUAGACAAUUUCAUUUAAUUGUAUGUGGCUUGGAUUCAAUAAUUGCAAGAAGAUGGAUAAAUGGCAUGCUGAUUUCACUUUUAAACCAUGAAAAUGGGGUGUUGGAUCCAAGUUCCAUUAUACCUUUGAUUGAUGGAGGAACUGAAGGCUUUAAAGGAAAUGCUCGCGUGAUUAUUCCUGGCAUGACAGCUUGUAUUGAAUGUACACUUGAACUUUAUCCACCACAGGUAAAUUUUCCCAUGUGUACAAUUGCUUCAAUGCCUCGGCUACCAGAACAUUGCAUUGAAUAUGUCAGGAUACUGCAGUGGCCCAAGGAACAACCUUUUGGAGAAGGUGUUGCUUUAGAUGGAGAUGAUCCUGAGCACAUACAGUGGAUUUUUGAAAAGUCUUUAGAAAGGGCAGCACAGUUUAAUAUUAAAGGUCUUACCUACAGGCUCACACAAGGGGUUGUAAAGCGGAUCAUUCCAGCUGUAGCUUCUACAAAUGCUGUCAUCGCAGCUGUAUGUGCCACUGAAGUCUUUAAAUUAGCCACAAGUGCAUACAUGCCUCUGAACAACUAUUUGGUAUUCAAUGAUGUAGAUGGACUGUACACAUACACAUUUGAAGCCGAAAAGAAGGAAAACUGUCUGGCUUGCAGUCAGCUCCCCCAAAAUAUAGAAUUUUCUCCGUCAGCUAAACUUCAAGAAGUUUUGGAUUAUUUGACAAAUAGUGCUUCAUUACAAAUGAAAUCUCCUGCAAUAACAGCCACCAUGUAUGGAAAAAAUAAAACCCUUUAUAUACAGUCAGUAGCUUCUAUUGAAGAACGAACAAGGCCAAACCUUUCAAAGACUUUAAAAGAGCUUGGACUUGUUGAUGGCCAAGAACUUGCGGUUGCAGAUGUCACUACACCACAGACUCUGCUCUUCAAACUUCAUUUUACUACUUGAUAUAAAUGCAAGUGUUGUAAACAUGCACUGAAAAAAAUCUUGCACACUUUGUAAAACUACCAUUGUGCACUAAGAGGAGGGAAGAUGAAACAGCCAGACCUUAUCCCUGUUAAUACACGCAUUGAUGGAAGUUAGUUUAUCCAGGAUAAAUUGCUCUUAUUUUAGAACUGUCUUUGCAAACCAAUAUUUGGUUGAUGUUAUCUGUAUAAAAGCUCACUCAUGUACAGAAAUCUGAUGUGUAUAGCAAGCAAUAACUUUCAAUUUGUAAUGACUAAAAAAUGUCAGUACCCCUUUGUGCAUGUGGAAAUGACAUGGUGGUCAAUGGAAUAGUUCUUGAAGCACCUAUGAAGUCUCUGAAUGUACAUAAAUAACAAAGAUUUUAAAUUACAUUUUAGUAUCUAUGUAACAGUUCUUAGACUGAGGCAUUGGGCUGAGCCUCAGGUUUGUGCUUCCGUUUCUUCUUUAGCACAGCUCCAAGGAAGAGUUCAAAAGCUUUUGUUUCUGUUUAGAUGAAUCACAAUUUACUGUACUCUCCAAAACCCGGAAAAACUGCAUUUAUCUGAAAUAUGGUAGGUGGAAGUCAGCCAAAAUUCAAGUCAUAGUUUAUGAAGCUGACAUGUUUUCAUUUACCAUAGCUACAAUUAACCACUUUUGGAUUCAGAUGUACUAAACUAAUCUAAAACAAAAGCAGAAAGCUCUGAUCACUUGGACACCCCAGAGAAGAGAGAGAACACAAGCUUGAGGUUUGCUGUGGUUUGUAUUCUAUUGCUAAGCCAUGGUUUUGCAUUACUAGUGAACUGGACCUACCAGACAGAGGAAAAUAUAUAUGCAGCCCAAUUCUUUAUUUAAUAUGUCUUUAAGGAACUGUUUGUCAGAUAUUAAGGAUUGCCAAAAGUUAAUGUAUUUCCCCCCCCCCAAAAUACGGAAAUAGUGUUCUUAAAUCACCACCUGUUGAUAAAAAUUAAAUACUUCAUUUGUAUAUUUGCAAGUAUUAGCGGCUACUAUGCAUGGUGUUGCCCACUAAUAUUCAGGGUUGAUGUUAGGAUAUUUAUUAAUAAAAAAUUAUAUAAACAUA